AUGAAAACAAUGGAGGCACAUAAGAAGGAUUCUUCAGAUGAAGAUGAAGAAGAGGCUGACCUUUAUGAAGAAGGGCUUUAUUUUCUCAACACUUUUUAAUAGAAAUUCUUCGUUAAAAGUUCCUCUAAAAUCAUUAAUUUUGUAAAGUAAAUUUCUUCAAAAAAAUUAGGAAUAGAAAAAUCCUGCUAUGAAGAAGGAUGGAUUCAAUGGGUUUGUUCUCUAGAAGGACAUGAAUUUUUUUGUGAGGUUGAUGAAGAUUUUAUCAGAGAUAAUUUCAAUCUUUAUGGUCUUAGAGAAAAAUUCGCUCAAUAUGAUGAAGCAAUCGAAACCAUUUUAAGCACUGAAAUUCCAACUGAAGAUGAUUUAGCAAACGAAAGCUAUUUAGAGCUAUACCAAAUGUCUGUUGAUUUGUAUGGACUUAUUCAUGCACGAUUUAUUGUGACUCCUCGAGGCCUUUCUAUUAUGAAAGAGAAAUUUAUUUCAGGAAGAUUUGGAACUUGCCCAAGAGUCAUGUGUGAGCGUCAGCAUGUCCUGCCUGUUGGUCUUGCAGAAGUCCUUCAUACAUCAAGAGUUAAGAUAUUCUGCCCUAAGUGCAAAGAUGUGUUUAUUCCUAACACCCCCGUUUAAUAGCGAACAUAUGUUUUGUUCGUUAUUAAUUGCGGCAUAACUUAUAAAUUUUUUUAAAACAUAUUUAUAUGAUUUUUCUUUAUUUUUCAUUUUAUGAAAUGCUCGAUUUAUAUGUAUAGAAAAAUAAUAAGUUGAUAGAAGCAAAAUAAUCAGAGAAUUAUAUCAAAUAUUCAAUAAAACGUUUAAAAAAAUAUUAAUAAGAAUUAGCUGAGAUAAUUUAUAAGAUUCUUGUUAUUUAUGUUAAUAAAAAACCACAAAAUAUUUUUGAUUUAUUAUUAAAGAAUUUAAUUUGAAAAAGAAUAUGUAAACGUAAAGAUUUUAUUUAAAAGUGCUUGAAGAUAUUAUAAGCCACUUUAAUUCUAGUUAAAAUCAAUUUUUUAUGCUUUUAGAGAUCGAAAAUAAUUUUAUAUAGUUAAGGAACCUAUUUGAUCAGCCUGGGCUGGGAGAAUACCUAAAACUCUCCAAAUUGGCUCUCCAAUUCAUGGCAACGAACCAAUUCGGGGAGUUGGCAAAUAGGCCCAAUAUAAGGCAUUAUUCAACUCCCUUGAAUUGGUUCUUCAACUUGAGUUGGAAACCAGCUAUUGGGGUUACUAGCGUCCUUCCAACCCAAACCGAUCAAUAUCCCUAGGCUUAGCCGCUAUUAACGAAUAAUGUUUUACGAAAAAAUGACGGUUUUGUUGAUUAUUAUAUGAGGAGAGCAAGAACAAAUACGCUGAUAUUGAUGGUGCUUAUUUUGGGUGCUCGUUUCCUCAUCUAUUUAUGCUCACUUAUCCAGAUUUAAACCCAGUGAAGCCUACUCCUGAAUAUAUCCCCAAAAUAUAUGGGUUUAAAAUUUACAAAAGAAAAGGAUCUAAAUAUGGCUUGAACCAAAAAUCAAGGGAAAACUUAAGUAUUUUUUUUAUACAGACUUAAAAUAGAAUUACAGCUAUUUUUAUAGGAAAAAUUACAAAUAGGUUUUAAUGAUUGCCAUCUAAAUAUCGUAAAGUUUAA